AUUGUUGGAGCAAUGAAAGAGAAGUUACUUGAUCUAACAUUGCCACAGAGAGCGAACCAACCUUCUGUGAAGACUGAAGCAAAGAAGAAGUCGUCUGGGACAGUAGUGGGAACGACUUCAAGACCACCACUACAGCGAAGUAUCUCUGAAAAACCAUGUGUUGUACUUUUAAAUAAACCAGUAGAAGACAUACUUGUAAGAUAUGAAAAGAUGCCAAUGGAUUUUAGUACACUUCAUGUUAGAGAGCCUGAAAACACAUUGUCAGUGUCACAGUCAAGGCGUAACAAGGCGGUUGCAACGUUGUUCAAUACAUUAUCAAAGUAUAUGUACCAUCAGCGCUGGAUAUGGUCUGCACAUACUGGCACCUCUGUACAGAUCUCUAUGCAAGCUAUUUCUAAAGUAUUGUCAACUUUAACCAAAGUACGCCUGGCAGAAGGUUUCAACUUUGCUCAUUGUAAUUCUGGUAUUAUCUCUUUUGUAACUGAGUUACAAAUGAAGGUUUCAUUGUUUACACUUACAGAUGUCUCAACUGAUCAAGAAGUAAAUUCAGAGAAUUGUGAAUCUGCUAAUUGCAUUCUCUUUCUAUUGCUACAUGAGAAACAAAGAUGUUUGAAUCAAAGAGAGAUUAUUUUGACAGACACAGAGUGUUAUGAAUUUCCCAAACUGGUGCUGCAGCGACAGAGAAAUGGUGAGAAUCCCCCAUUUAGUAUCAAUGAAGAGAACACACCUGUUCUACAACAACAGACUAUGGAACCUGCUUUGAGUGGAAGCCAAGUAUUGUCUUUGUUACCCUCUCAAGAAAGAGUAGCCGAUUUGUCAGAUUCACAACAGACUACCAGCUCAGCUCAAGAUACUUCGCAGUCUGAUCAACUGAGGCCUCAUUUGACUACAUCAUCAUCGCCUCCAAGGUGGUCAUGUUAUAUACGCCAUGUUGGGAGCUCUCGUCUCCUGAUAACCAUCAUGCCAGCUAGUUAUAAAGAUUUGAAAAAGAUAAUGAAAAGCAGUGCUGCCAUGGAAACUAUGUCAGAAGAUGCUGCUAAGGAAAACAAUAAAGAUGAGAAGAAGGUCUUACAAAUGGAAAGUACAAAAGUAGAAGAGAUGAAAUGUGACAAAAAUCCUGCUGAUUCUAAGAGACAUCAAUCUGGUUCCUCUGACAGCUACCCACGUCCAGUAUACCGAAGAGGAAGAAGUGUUGAUGCAAGCCGUAGGGCCAGUCAGCCGAACAAUGGCGGCUAUGGUAACAGUAAUGCUUUAACAUUACCAGUUUAUGUUUACGAAUGCAUAUAUUCAUCAUUAACAAGUCAGCUUGUGAACAAGGCAAAAGAAUCAAACAAACUGGAAGAUGUAUUUCAGGAUCAACGUUUCCAAAACAUGGAAUUUAACAGUUGGGAAAAUGAUGAACUGUCAGAAGGGAAUAAGAUAAAAGAGAGAACAACAAGUGGUGGGUCUGGCAAGUUUUUCAAAGACCAAAGACCAGCCUCUAUUAUAGGUCAGAACUUAGAAUUAAACUGGCAUUGUAAUACAUUAGUGGAUGCCUACCAGCAAUGCUUUGCUACUGGUUUGUAUAAAAGUCUUUGUACAGAACAGUAUGUUGACAGUGUGGAUGUACAACUAGUAGUGGAUCAACUCUGUGAAGAAUCUUGGCUAGAAAUUGAUGUGACUGACUUUCUACAGGCUGUAUGUGGACAUAUUAAUAAUUUCAGUAAAAAGGUUAAUCAAGAGGAACAUGCAAUGGAGAGCUUCCAAAGAACAGCAAGGCUGAAAAAUCAGAGAGACCAUGAUACUGAAGACAAAAGUCCAGUGUCUAGUAUUGAAGAGUUGGCAAAGACAUCAAUGCAGAUAUCAAGAACCAAUCUAGUGCUGCUAAGAAACCAAUGUGUCGAUUUCGACUGACUGAAUUGAAAAAUAGUAGAGUCUGUGAGACUUAUGAAGGUCUACAUAACUUUAUACAGAAGAAAUUUAAUCUGUUGUGGGGGCAGUAUUUUAAACCAGUGCCAUCAAAUCCAGAUAUUUAUUAUUACAUGACUUCAAAAGCAGAAACAAAUCUUUCUGAAGAGGAAGAUGAUGAAGAUGAUGAAGAUAAUAUUUUUGUUGAUGGUGGAUUAGAUUCAAGUGCAGCAUCAGAUCAGCUCAAUAAAGAAAU